CACACGAGCCGUUCGCGUGCAGUGCGAGAUAUAAAUACAAGCCACACGCGGAGAACCCAACAGAGAGAGUCUGCAUCCGCUCCUGCGAACUGCUGCUGCCGCUCAUCGCUCUGACGGAUUUAACUCAGGAUUUUUUUGAGGGAAGGGAGUCUGAAAACACUCACUGCCCUUUUCCCUUCCUAUAUUGGAUCGUAAUUUGCUGCGCUUUCGUGGGAUAUUUCCGAUAAAAAGAUGCCUGCCGAUAUGAUGGAAAAAAAUUCCUCCUCUCCGGUCGCUGCAACCCCGGCAAGCAUGAACACAACUCCUGAUAAACCCAAGACAGCCUCUGAGCACCGAAAGGUUGGUAUUUUAUUUACUGAGAUGCAUUUAUCUACCAGUGUAAGCCUCACAGUUUUGCACACAUAUGGUGCCAAAGUUUUACGCACCUUUACGCACGAAACAUGACAUAGAUAUUCAACCGCUCAUGAUAUUUUGUUUUUAUCUUCAGUCAUCCAAGCCUAUUAUGGAAAAGAGGAGAAGAGCCAGAAUCAACGAGAGUCUGGGACAGCUGAAGACUCUCAUCCUGGAUGCUCUCAAAAAAGAUGUAAGUACUCGCUCAGUUCCCUGGUUAUUAAUAGAUUUCAGAAGUGUCUCCGUCAAACAGAGGGGAAAGUGAGCUCGUAAUCCUAACCAUGUGUGUUUCCGUCCUCUCAGAGCUCCAGACACUCUAAACUUGAGAAGGCGGACAUCCUGGAGAUGACGGUGAAGCAUCUGCGGAACCUCCAGAGAGCUCAGAUGACCGGUAAGUCGCAUUUCCCGGACUAAUCUGUGUCUAGCCUGUGCGUUUGGAUCGUAUCAGGUGCAGAAUAACAUUUCUGCGUGAAAUCAAUGCAUCUAGUGGCUUACAUUUUUGAAAUUCUACAAAUGAAACGGUGUAAGCAUGUGAAUAUAUCUCGACUUACGUAUUCUGUUUUCUCUGCAGCUGCACUGAACACCGACCCCACUGUCUUGGGGAAAUACCGUGCGGGUUUCAGCGAGUGCAUGAAUGAAGUCACACGAUUCCUGUCCACAUGCGAGGGUGUCAACACCGAGGUGAGGACGCGGCUCCUCGGACACUUGGCUAACUGCAUGACCCAGAUCAACGCUAUGAACUACCCCAGCCAGCAUCAGCACCAGCACCAGCUGCCAUCCGGCGCCGGGCCGACCCACCCCUCCUUCGGCCAGUCCAUGGUGCAGAUUCCCAGCUCGUCCCCGCAGGUCCUCCCCAUGAACGCAGUGUCUUGUAAAGGAGGCUCCUCGCCGGCUAAUUUACCUUCAGACGCCACCAAAGUGUACGGCGGUUUCCAGAUUGUGCCUGCCACAGACGGACAGUUUGCAUUCCUCAUACCCAACGCUGCGUUUGCGCCAAACGGCCCCGUUAUCCCCGUGUACGCCAACAACGUCAGCACGCCGGUGCCUGUGCCGGCUGCUGUAUCCCCCGGAGCCCCGUCGGGCAACACAGACUCGGUGUGGAGACCCUGGUGAACAGUGGGAAAAAGGACCAUAAAGACUCUGAAAUGACACUUUAUAGUCCUCUCUUUGGUUAAUGUUAGAAAGUUGUUUCUGAAUUCGUUUUUUCUUGUAAAAUGGAAAGAGUAUGCACUAUAUUUGUACAGCUGACAAGGGAGUAAAGUUCAUAUUGAAAUGAGAUCUGUAUUGUGGAAGUCCGUUCACUGCAUUUUUUUAUAUAUUUGAGUUGUAUUUUUUACUGUGUGAUGCCAAAGAUGUGUUCAAUGCUCUUAUGAUGUUCUUCGUUUUGGAAGACGAAUAAAUUUGUAAAGAUAUAAAAAAAAACACUGA